UUGAUCAAGUGUCGCUGAUUUCUGAGCAGUAAAUGACUGAAAUAAAACUUCACAGUGUUGCUGUUGGGAUGACGGACAGCAGAGAGAAAGUUUCAGACUUCAGACUAGUUCUUGUUGGAAAAACUGGUGCAGGAAAGAGCUCCAGUGGUAACACCAUAUUAGGAAGAGAAGCCUUCAGAGCACCAACCCACCACUCCUCAGAGACCGCCGAAUGCUCCAAACAACGAGAAAUGGUCUCCAAAUGGAUGGUUUCUGUUGUCGACACUCCUGGUCUCUUUGACACCAAUCAGUCUGAGGAAAUAGUGAAGAGAGAAAUCUCAAAAUGCAUCAACAUGACGGCACCAGGCCCACAUGCCAUUCUACUGGUUAUCAGAUUUGGACGUUUCACAGCAGAGGAAAGAGAGGCUGUGAUGAAGGUGGAGGAAAUCUUUGGAGAGGAGGCCUGGAAGUACACCCUGAUCCUCUUCACACAUGGAGAUGAGGUUCAGUCAGACUUUGAUCAGAAGUUAAAGAAUGCUGGACCUGAAUUGAAAGAAAUAUUAAAGAAAGCUGGACACAGAUACCAUUUGUUCAACAACCUCCAAGUUAGUGAUCGUCGACAAGUUCUGACUCUGCUGCAGAAGAUCCAGAAGAUGGUAGAUGACAAUGGAGGACAGUUCUACUCAAAUGACACCUAUGAAGAAACCAUGAAGAUGUUGGAUGACAGAGAAUUACAAAUCAAACAGUACUAUGAGAACAAACUGGAGGAGAAAAUAACAGCUGUUAAGGCAGAGUAUGAGAAACUGCUGAGAGAAGCUGAAGAGGAACAUGACCAAGUGGUGAAACAGUUGGAGCUCGAGUUGGAGGAAUUGAAACGAUAUUACUAUUCCUUAGGGAGCAAAGUUCGCCACGUUUUAGAGCACAUGACCAAAGGUGAUGACUAUGGCAAACUGUGCAAGCAGUAUCAGGAAACACUGAAACUGAACUGA